GGCAUCCUGAAUUUGGGCACAAGUGAGAACCAGCUCUGCCUAGUACAGGAGAGACUCACAAGACCUGAAAUGAAUUACCUGGUGCCUGCUCUUUUCCAGUAUUCUGAUAUGCAAUGUGCUUAAAGAUAGAACUUCAGAGAAGAAAUUGCCAAAUCUGACUAUGCCAGAGCUACAAAAGCACUGAAUCCAGAACAUAUAAGUGUUACGAAUGGCUGUUGUGCUGCUUUUGCUACUCUAUCAACUGUAUUAUGUAACUCUGGUGAUGGGUAUCUUAUUCCAGCUCCAUACUGUGGUGGUAUAAAUUUGAAAACAUGGCUAUAUGGUGGAAUACAGCCUGAUCAUGUGCCCUUGUUCAGUGAGGUGACUGAUGAAGAAAGUCACCCUUUCCACUUAACACCUGAAAGAUUAGAAGAUGCAUUACAGACACCCAUUAAUGUUCAAACAAAGACACAUGGCAGGGAAAGCAAGUAUCAGGGCUUCCUCAUCAUUGAACUCUAUUUCCUGGAAUUUCUUGGGAGUUGGUCUUUGCAAAUAAUUUCCUUUGGAGGAGGCUCGGGUGGAGGCAUCCGAGUCAGAGCGUUAAUCCUGAUCAACCCUCGCAAUCCAUUAGGGGACACUUACCCAGCACAGUUACUGAAAGAAUGUCUAGAGUUUGUGCGGCAAAUAAAAUAUGAAUUGCAUGUAAUAAUGGAUGAAAUAUACAUGCUGUCUGUUUGUGAUGAUACCACCUUCACCAGCGUUCUUAGCUUAAAUUGUUUACCAGAUCCAGAACAGACACAUUUUAUGUGGAGUUUUAGCAAGUACAAUAGUACAAUAGUAGUAUUGUACACCAGAAAUCAUGAAAUUCAGAAAGCUGUGAAUCAACUGGCUGUCUUCCAUAGCUGUCCUGGACCUCUUCAGCAUGUUCUCAGUCAGUUCCUUAGGGACAGAGAUUGGUUAGAUAAUGUGGUUUUUCCCACCAACAAAAAGGUACUUAAAGAAGCACAGCUUAUUCUUGUGGAUGGGCUUGCAGAUGUUGGAAUACGUUCAGGAGGACUCUAGGUGUGGGUAGACUUCAGAAAACUCUUAAGAUCACAGACAUUUGAAGCUGAACUUGAAUUAUGGCAGAAGCUUUUUGAUAAAAAAUUCCUGAUUAGCCCUAGAAAAGCUUUUUAUUGUUAUGAACCUGGAUGGUUUAGACUGUUUUUCUCCGAUUCUGUAGAUAAGAUUUGUUUGUGUAUUCAGAGACUUGAGCAAAUAUUACACAGGUACACUGCUAACCCAGUCACAAACAACACGUCUUCCACUGCAGAUGCUUUGUGCAAUACAGAAAAAGAUUCUUCAGGCAAACCUGCAAACACACCAGGAGAAGAUGUCUUCCAGCUAAAAAAUAUACUUAUUAAAAUCAUAUAUGCAUUUAAUGACUUGAUAUAA